GUUUUUUUUUUUUCGCCCUCUCGUAUUGAUUGGGGGGGAAAGAAGAUAUCCCAACCAUUCUCUCUCUUUUUUUUUUCUCUGACUGUGAGGCAUGAGGCAUGAUUACAUAUGAUAUCUCUCUCUGUUCUUGUGCUUCUUGCCUUGCCUUGCUUUACUUGGUCUCGAGAGUUGCGGGGAUAUAUUUUUGAUUCUCUGUUUAGAUGGAAAUCUCAUACCCCCACUGGCCCCUCGCCGCCCUACAGUGCCUCUACCUACCUAUCUCCUUCCCACCUCUAUCUAUACCCAUCCCAUCCCACUAUCACCGCUCUCUGUUUCAUAAGGAUUCGCCCUACAGAUUAUAGAUGGACAGCCGUUGUGUCUGGAUGACAAACACACCGGAUCUCGAUUCUUCUCUUGUGCGUGACGAUGCAAGAUAGAAAAAGAACUAAGAAACGUUGUUGC